AUGACUUUGGUGAAUUCUACACGCGUUCCAGUUAAAGACUAUAACCUCUUAUCAACUCUUUCAAAUCUUGUCCUUGGAACAAGAGUCGACGUUAUUGGAGUUGUAAAUCCUUUUCACCUCCAAGAAGAUGUAAGGGCACAG